CCUGCAGUGCGUACAUCAUCGCAGCGAAGGAGUUCUCAGCUAAAAUGAAAGCCUUCAAUUGGAUCGUCGCCUUUCUUCUUCUCAACACAAUCCAAGGUGCAGAACAGCUCCCUAUCAUUGACGAUACUGCUCCAUAUUUUGAUGACUUCCCAGGUGGCGAGUCCACGGAUGCGGUUCCAUUAAAUGUACCCACGUCAGAUGAAACCACUACAAGAAACACACUGGAAGCGAAGUUCAGUGAACGUGCCGAUGGGUCAGAUGUUUUGCAGAAGAGUGACUGUUCCCUGCCACCACCAGGAUGCAAGUCAACUGGUUGUACAUCUGAAGAGGUUGAGUUUCUCCGGAUUACUACUCAGAAACCAUCGAAGGUUACCUCUCCGUCUGUUGAAAGUGAUGGUACAACGUAUUCGCAUGUACAUACAUACAUAGUAAUUGGUUCCUUUUCCCUAGGAACUGUUUUUGUGUAUGUUGCGGCCAUAUCAAUAACAUACUUGAUUUUUUAUUUAAAGCAUAGGUGUUAUGGUGCAGAUAUUGAUAAUGAACAAUAAAUCCUAGCAGUCUCUCAUCUUUUGCAUAUAAUAUAUGGUACUGAGCACAUAUAAACACACUCCAAAUUCUACUUUGGAUUUAUUGACAGAGUGUACACAGUUGGGAAAAUAAGAUUGGCAGUUAUCGACAGGAAUAAAUAUUAAUCCAUUAAAAAUACUGAAGAUUAAUUCCAGUUGACGAUUCAGCUGUCCGUUU